AUGAUGUUGUUGAUCUCGUUCAGAUCAGCUCUCCUCGGAUGUCUGAUAAGCCUUUUAAUUUGUGAAAUUUCCUUGGCAGAUAUCGUGGAGCCAUUAUGUCCAUCGGGUUAUCAGUUUAUCAAUGGCCGGUGCGAAAGCGUGUCUAGUUGUCCCACGGGAUACUUUUUGAACACAGAUGGAAAUUGUUAUCCACAGACUAAUCAAUGUCCCCCUGAAUAUUUCCUAAAUGUUGAUGGUUUGUGCCAUCCGACGAAUCCAGUGCCUUGUCCUUUUGCGUCGACAACUACUACUACUACAACAACAACAGAACCAACAACUACAACAACAGAACCCACAACAACUACUACUACAACAGAGCCCACAACAACUACCACUACAACAACAGAACCAACAACUACGACUACAACAACAGAACCAACAACUACAACUUCGACAACAGAACCAACAACUACCACUACAACAACAGAACCAACAACUACCACUACAACAACAGAACCAACAACUACCACAACAACAACUACCACUGAAGAAAUUCCGCUUCCGCCUCCUGUGGAAUAUGUUCGCUGUCCACCGGAUUCGAUUUUCUACGAGGAGCAGUGCCGCAAAAUCGUUUGUUCAGAAGGCGAAUAUUACGCCGGACGCUGCAUAUCACCGGCCUGUCCGCCAGGAACCGUAUGGCACGGUCGACGGUGCCAGGAGCCUGGUUAUAUUACCACCAUCCUGGAGAUCGGCAAUGUGAUCCACAACGAGCAUAAGUACAAUGUAACCAGUGAGAAUAUAAAUCGGGUUGAGUAUGUUACUCCCGCUCCCUACAAUCCGGACUCGGAUAAAAGCUACGAGGCAACCCCACCGUCGAUACCCGAAGACACAAUUGUGAAGACGAGCACGAAACGACCUUGGGUAUAUCCCAGUUUAGUGCCCACCACGACGGAGCGAGGAGAUGAGGCCUUUCCGGGUAGCCUGCCGCCUUCGGGCUGCUGUGUGGUAAAGAGUCCCCGCAUCUGCAUCAACUACGCCCCCAACUGGGUGUGCUCCAGCAAGGAUCACAAGUUAUGCGAUCCGAGGGUCUGCACUUCAAAUGUGAUUUACCUCAAGCCGCCGCAGGUCGUUCAGACAGAGUACCUCAACCGAAAAAUGGUUGUAAUGCCGCCCAAUCCGCCGCUGGUGGCCUGCAGCACACCUGACUGCAAGGAAAGUGAUGUUCUAGAUUGCUCCGGUUGCAAGGACCAUCUUCGGGACAAAUGCUCGCCCGGCUGCUACAGCUAUUUCUGUCCCAAUGGAUUUUGUGGCUUUAUGAAUACCCAAGACUUUUGCGAAAUCUAUCCGGGUGAGUUCGGCUGCAAUCCGAACGAUGGAUGCAUUUGGGACUGGUGCAAUAAGAAGUGCUACUGACAUUGCAAA